UACAUGCACACAGUCUAUGGAUAUGUGAAGAACGAUGCUAUAUUUAGAUUGUGGUGAAAGUUGAAUGCAAAGUUGGAAAUUUAGUAGACCUUGGUUAAAUUCGGUAGAAACUUAAAUAAUCUUUUAGAGAGGACUAAAAUGAGUCUACAAUGGUGUACGUGAAUAUUUAAGUCAAAAAAAAGUUUAUUUUAUUUUUAUUCUAAUCAGAAAGCACUUAUUUUAUUUCUAUUAUUCUAAUGAACAAGCACAUGUAAUUAAAUCAAUCGAAUCUAAACGAGUCGACGCAAGACUUGCUAAGUUAGGAAUUUCUUCUUAAAGUGAGGACCAAAUGAAGCACACACAAUUCAUUACUUACAAGACAAAAUCAAAACAGAAAGAUAUGAUGAUCCGAAGCCAUUGUCAUUGGGUUUCUGAUAUUAUUAUCAUCUUUUUCUUCCUCCUUGUACACUCUCUAGCUUCUUCUUCGCCCCACUUUUGCCGUCAUGACCAGAGAGAUGCUCUUUUGGAAUUCAGAGGCGAGUUUCCGAUAGAUGCGUCUUUGUGAUAUAGGAAUUAGAGUAUGGAGAAAUGAAGAAAUGAUGUAAGAAGACUGGCACGUGUGGCACGUGAGGAGUAGUGAGCUGCAGUACACGUGGAAAGAAAAGAUUGGAUCAAGUGGGCUAAAGCCCUUUAAAAGAGACAUCGUUCUCUUCUUCUUCAUUAUGCAAAAACCAGAGAAAUUAUUUUUAGUUGUAAUCUUCUUCUUCUUCUUAGUUUGUGUUGAAACUAUGGUGUUGUACUCAUCUAGAUCGAGAUCUCUCCGUUAGAUCUUUGUCAUUUGAGAUAUCGGCUCGCGUUUUAUGAACGUUAGUCCGAUUUGGUUCCGGUUACGAUUUGAAUUGAAGUAUUGGUGUUUUUCUUUAUCACUUUGAAAAUUAUGAAUACAUGGAGAGGUCCGUGGAAUAAGAGCACUGAUUGUUGUUUUUGGAACGGAGUCACAUGCGAUGAUAAAUCUGGUCAGGUAAUAUCACUCGACCUUCCUAACACCUUUCUCCACGGCUAUUUGAAAACCAACAGUAGCCUUUUUAAACUCCAAUAUCUUCGUCACCUAAACCUUAGUAAUUGCAAUCUCAAAGGAGAGAUUCCUUCUUCACUAGGAAACCUUUCUCAUCUCACACUUGUUAACCUUUUCUUUAAUCAAUUGGUAGGAGAAAUUCCGGCUUCAAUCGGCAAUCUAAACCAGCUAAGAUACCUUAACCUUCAGUCUAACGAUCUCACAGGAGAGAUUCCUUCUUCACUAGGAAACCUUUCUCGUCUCACAUUUGUUAGCCUAGCUGAUAAUAUCUUGGUAGGUAAGAUUCCAGAUUCAUUAGGAAAUCUAAAGCAUCUAAGAAACCUUAGUCUUGGGUCUAACGAUCUCACAGGAGAGAUUCCUUCUUCACUAGGAAACCUUUCUAAUCUCAUACAUCUUGCACUUAUGCAUAAUCAAUUGGUAGGUGAAGUUCCUGCCUCCAUUGGAAAUCUAAACGAACUAAGAGCUAUGUCAUUUGAAAACAAUAGCUUAAGUGGAAAUAUUCCUAUUUCCUUUGCCAAUUUAACCAAGCUUUCUGAAUUUGUCCUCAGCUCUAAUAACUUCACAUCCACGUUUCCGUUUGACAUGAGUCUAUUCCACAACUUGGUGUACUUUGAUGCUUCUCAAAACUCUUUUAGCGGACCUUUCCCUAAAUCUUUGUUCUUGAUAACUUCGUUACAAGAUGUUUAUCUGGCAGAUAACCAAUUUACGGGACCUAUAGAGUUUGCAAAUACAUCUUCAUCAAAUAAGCUUCAGUCCCUAACCCUUGCUCGUAACAGACUUGAUGGCCCAAUCCCGGAAUCCAUAUCUAAAUUUCUCAACCUUGAAGAUUUAGAUCUUAGCCACAACAACUUCACUGGGGCAAUCCCUACAUCUAUAUCAAAGCUAGUCAACCUCCUUUAUCUUGAUCUUUCCAACAACAAUUUGGAAGGUGAAGUACCAGGUUGCUUAUGGAGAUUGAAUACGGUGGCGCUUUCUCACAAUAUUUUCACAAGUUUUGAGAACUCUUCAUAUGAAGCACUAAUAGAAGAGUUGGAUCUGAAUUCCAAUUCAUUUCAAGGACCACUUCCUCAUAUGAUCUGCAAGCUUAGAUCGUUACGCUUUUUAGAUCUGUCCAACAAUCUCUUCAGCGGCUCAAUUCCUUCAUGUAUAAGGAAUUUCAGUGGUUCUAUUAAAGAGCUAAAUAUGGGGAGCAACAACUUCAGUGGAACUCUUCCAGAUAUAUUUUCCAAAGCUACCGAGUUAGUAUCAAUGGACGUUAGUCGCAACCAGCUGGAGGGAAAGUUGCCAAAGUCUUUGAUCAAUUGCAAAGCUCUGCAACUUGUGAAUAUAAAAAGCAACAAAAUCAAGGACAAUUUCCCAUCAUGGUUGGAAUCUCUACCGUCAUUACAUGUCCUCAACCUCGGAUCAAACGAGUUCUAUGGGCCGUUGUAUCAUCACCACAUGUCUAUUGGGUUUCAGAGUUUAAGAGUCAUCGAUAUAUCAGACAAUGACUUCACUGGAACUCUCCCACCUCACUAUUUCUCCAACUGGAAAGAAAUGAUCACAUUAACGGAAGAAAUGGACGAGUACAUGACAGAGUUUUGGAGAUAUGCUGAUAGUUAUUAUCAUGAGAUGGAAAUGGUGAAUAAAGGAGUUGAUAUGAGCUUCGAGCGGAUCCGAAAAGACUUCAGAGCCAUUGAUUUUUCUGGAAACAAAAUCUAUGGCAGCAUCCCUAGAUCCCUUGGCUUUUUGAAGGAACUGCGCCUUCUCAAUUUGUCAGGUAACGCUUUCUCAAGCGAUAUCCCACGUUUCUUGGCAAAUUUGACAAAGCUCGAGACGUUAGACCUAUCCCGUAAUAAGCUGUCAGGUCAAAUCCCUCAAGAUCUUGGUAAACUCUCUUUUCUGUCAUACAUGAACUUCUCCCAUAACCUUCUCCAAGGUCCUGUGCCACGAGGCACACAGUUUCAAAGGCAAAAAUGUUCUUCAUUCUUGGACAACCCUAAACUCUACGGUCUCGAAGAAAUCUGUGGAGAAACUCAUGCCUUGAAUCCUACAUCGCAACUACCCGAGGAAUUGUCAGAGGCUGAGGAGAAAAUGUUCAACUGGGUAGCAGCUGCAAUAGCUUAUGGACCUGGUGUGUUAUGUGGAUUGGUGAUCGGACAUAUCUUCACUUCACACAAUCAUGAGUGGUUCACAGAAAUGUUUGGUCGAAAGAAACUAGUCAUUACAAGUGUUCAUUAAACCCAUCUCUUGUAGUCUCUUUAAUAAGCAUUUGUGAAGCAACUGUUGUGUAACGUCUUGUAAUAGACUCGUUUGUGUUUGUUUGGAUUUUCUAUUUAUGUAAUAGACGUCUUUGGCUUCAAAAUGUAUACAUUGUGUUCUGCAAUUCUCAAUUAUGUGCAAUAAAAUAUAGAUUUAGUAGACUUUACGAAUUACGAUCAUGAGUUUAUAAACAAAUAGUGAAAAUCCAUUCAUGAGAUAUGUUCGUAUCACAGGUCCAUAUUUAAUGUAAGACGGGGUUGGCACGGCCAACUUACCAACAGAAUCUAAAAAUGACAAAUGGAGAGAUUUCGACAUAUAAAAUAUAACUCAAAACUUCAUGUGUAUGAAAGGAUCCAGGAACUGCCAAAAAAAAAAAAAAAAAAA